AUGUCAGGUCACUUUCCGCGCUUAAAUCUGGAUCGCCCAGCGGAUCUGGAUCAUGUGCUUCGCGUCAUCGACCAACAUGCUCACAAAGUGGCGCAGAUGGAGUUCGGAAGCGAGCUUGACCGUGAUAAGGCGCUCAAAGCCGUCGUGGGUAAGAUGAUCCACAGGUUGACAGGGGCGACCAAAGCCAAGAUCGAACGGAAUCUGUUGUACAACGGCAUGUCCCCAAGCGAAUACUCGCGGCACAGUAAAGGGGUCGAGCCAUUCGAUGAGGAUCUCUCCAGGCGUCUUCAGGUGCUCAACGACCAAGCGAACACCCUGACCACGGAGGUGAUCGGCUACCGCAAGACUCUGCCAGCGCGGAGAGCCGAAGCGAUGGAGAAGCGAGCGACCGUCAUUCGAGCGCUGGAGGCCAAGAAGGAGGAGCUUCGUCGAGCAGCCGAGAAGGACCACGCUGUGCAGCUACGAGAGCAGGGCAAACCCAUCAGCAUCGAUCUCAAGAGGAAAGCCGAGGUGGCAGACACACUCAAACACUCGGUCGUCGACAUCACUAGCUUGCAGGUGUCAAUUCUGGAGCAAGCAACAGCAGCCAACGAACAAGCCAAGCUCGUCAAGCGUCUGCGAACCAUGCCUCUUUAA